UAUGUUCUAAAAAUAUACACAGCCUAUUAUGCUUUAGUUUUAGCCUAUUAGAACAACUAUUAGAGAAAGUUAUCAUUUUUAUGGAGUUACUUACUAAAUAUAUCAAGAUUUAUAUAACAUUUUACAAGUAAUACAUUCAUUAUGUAGAGAUAAUCACGGUAUUUUCAAUUGCUUGGUUGCUGCUUUUUUAAAACAUUAUACUGUGUGAACAAUCUGCAAUUUUUCAGUUGUACAAACCUCUAUCUAUGUAACUUACUGAAAAGAACGUUUUGAAUACUGUAUGUCAGUUAAUUUAUAUAACUGACCCCCAGUAACCAAUCUUUAUACUUAGUUUUAAGCAGACCUAUUAAAAUCUAAACUUUCUAGAAAAUAUGGAUUGUGAUGUACAAGUUAGUUUAUUAUUCAUGUUUACUAAACCAUAAUCCUUAAUAACGCUUUUUUUACUGAGAGAGUGUCAUCUAUUUCAAUUAUAUGGGUCUUAUAAUGUUUAUAAUUAUUUAUUUUAUUUCAAGUGAGUGGUAGUUUACAGCUAAAAUUACUCAAUUAAGGCGUAUGUUAUAUUUAAUUAGGGAAUCCUAUUUUAACAUACUAUUUAAUAAUUUAUCUUAUCAAAUUUAGUAUACAUUCAACUAUUUUGAAACAGCUGAGAAAAAAUAUCAUGGCAAAAGCUUGAAAAAACAACUAAAUGAUAAUUAAUAAUAUAAUGAAUUUGGUCAAAGUGUAUUAGUAAAAAAAAAAAAAAAAAACUAUUAAGUACAGGCUUUGAAGCAGAAAAAAUAGACAAAAUGUCUCAAAUUUAAAACAAUGGGCAUAUAAGCAAACGUAUCAAAAUGUUCUUAGUAAGUUUCAAAACUGUCAGUUUAUAAAACAUCUAUUGCUAUCAAAUGGGACUAAUAUUAAACCAACAUAUCAAUAAUAUUUAAAAUGUAUGCAACGUAUUCCCCUUCAUUAUUGAUAUGUUUUUUUAUAAUAUAAUACAUACAAGGAGACAGAUUAUAAAAUGCUAUUACUAGAAGGGCUGGUAAGAGAAUAAAAUCUGGUGGUCAUCUUACAAUAUAUUUUGCUAGACACAUUAAGUGAUAUAUAUUUCUUACUUGGGGUUCCAUUGACUUACUAAAUGUCACGUUAGCUAGUUUUCAAGAAUUAUUUGGAAAUAAGACUAAAACUGUUGUCCAUCCCUGACUGAGUCUACAUUAUGGAGCGUGUAGACUUUUUCAGUGAAGGAUUUGACUAAUCAUUUCUUCUUUCACAUAGCAGUGAUUGUGAGGUUACAAAGCAGACCAGCCAGCUGGUUGUAUGUAGAGAAAGCUUAAAAAUGCUAUAUUCUGAGAGGGCAUCUACAGUAUUUUGAUCAUGAAACACAGAUCAGAAUAUGAGGGAUCACGGGGUAAACUAUCAUAGACAAAAUAUCUUUUGCACAGUGAAAUGUAUUAAAUUCAUUCAUUUUAUCAGUCUUAAAUAAUUAUUCAAAAACAUACAAAAGGAGCAUUUUGAUUACAGAUGGUCUUUAAAUGGUAGUGAAACACUUAGCAGUGGGAUUUUCUCUUUCAUGCACAUAAAAAUAUGCAAAUAGUACUUUUGUAAUGUUUUCUAAGCGUACUAUAGUAAAAAGAUUCAUAACAUAUAAUAUCAAAGAUUACUGGGUACAAGAUCAUCAACAUCGAGCACAGAUAGGUCAAGCCUAUUGUCCUGAGCGGAGAAAUAUGCAAUGCAAUUCAUAAUAAUUCCAUUUGUCAAGUUACUGAAAAAUUGCAGUUUGUGUGUGUAUAUGUGUAGAUUAUCUUCCAUGGUGUCCUGUUUAUGAUCUAAAAUGAGCUAUGGUAAUCUCAUGAGGAGUUAUGUUUUUGUAUUUGUAAUAAAUUAAAUUAGCUAGGAGGGGAGGGAGGCAAAAUGUGGGUACAUUGCCCAUUCUUUAUAUUUUUUGUUCAUUGCAAAUAAUAUCCUCAUAUGUACUGUGCCCGUCCACUGAGACGACCACUGUAUUCAAUGAUUCACUGCUGUAAACCUACCAACUUGCUAUAAAAACUGCUUUAAAUACAAGUGUUUGUGACCAGAUUUUCUCUUUGUCAUCGUAUGUGCAUGCAAGUAUGAUCAGUUGAACAUACAUCAAUAAAGAUCCACAAAAGAUUAAAUGUUUUCAGUAGUGUUUCUAAGUAUAGAGAGUAUCUUUUAUGUUUAGACAUUAGAAAAAAAAAGUUGCAAAUUGAAAAAAGAAACCUUUCUGUAUUGUGUGUUAUUUUCAGUAUAAAAGAAAAGGGAUAUUCCCUCCAGUAUAUUUAAAGUAUAUGCAAAUCCAAUAUAAAAUGUACUGUAACACUGGGAAAAAAAUAUUUUUUUAGUAGAUCGGCAUCACCUUAAAUCAACAAUGGGGGUUUGCAUCAUUUUCUAAAACACCUCAGAGAUACUGAUAUUAAAAUCAGAAUUAAAACCUUAUGAUGUGAAUGAAUGGCGUUAUAAUUCUUGAAGAAAAAAGAAAAAAACUAACAAAAAAAAUCUAAUCUGUAAUGGAAUGACAGUUGUCAGAAGGAUAGAGGUAUCCAUAUUUCGCAAACAAAUAGCAAAAAGAUUUUUCAAUGGUUAUAAUUUAAUUAAAAUGUUUAUCUGGGAUAGAUAUAUUUGGAUUUUUUUUAUUUAUGUUCAUUUCUUUUUUAACAGUAUAUAUUUGGAAUGUUUUCAUGUAUGUAAAUAAUUACCAUUGCUAUCAAGUAUAAAAUAAAUUAUAAAAUACAAUGUGUGGAUUAUAGUGACUUCAAAACAGAUUAUCAAAGAAAUCUGCAAACCCAGAAAAUGUGUAUAUCUGUCUUUAGAAAUGAGUGUUUAUAUCACUACAGUGGUUUGUGAAUAAAGAACAAUGGUUUGUAAUAUUAAAAAAAUAAAAAUAAAAGCUUAGUCUCAAAUGUA